UCUCCCAGCGCUCCGCUGACUGAUCAGUUCCCGCUGGAUGUGGAGGUCAGCGAGGCAGCGGCUCCUGUUGAAUAUUUAAUGGCUCGGGGAUGGACAUAGCUCUGGUGAGGUUGCAGGACGGCGGCGCCGCUCUGGGGAGCUCCCAGAGAGGUGGAGGUGGAGGUGGUGCUGGUGGAGGUGGAGGAGGCGGUAUCUCGGCGCCCCUGGGUGUGAGCGCUGCUGGCCCGACGGCCAAAGGCUACCUGGACCCCCCGGCUCCGGGCGAGAUGAACGCGGCGGGGCCGCUGAAAGCCGUGGACCAGGCGCCGCCGGUGGACAACCUGCAACAGCAACAACUGCUGGAUGUCAACCGCUCGGAGCGGGUGGUGAUCAACAUCGCCGGGCUCCGGUACGAGACCCAGCUGAGCACCUUGAGCCAGUUCCCGGACAGCCUGCUUGGAGACCCCGAGAAGAGAAUCAGGUACUUCGACCCGCUGAAGAACGAGUAUUUCUUCGACCGCAACCGGCCGUGCUUCGACGGCAUCCUGUACUUCUACCAGUCGGGCGGCAGGAUCCGCAGACCCGUCAAUGUCUCCAUCGACAUGUUCGCCGACGAGAUCCGCUUCUACAAGCUGGGACCCGAGGCCAUGGAGAGGUUCCGUGAGGACGAGGGCUUCAUCAAGGAAGAGGAGAAGCCUUUGCCUCACAAUGAGUUCCAGAAGCAGAUGUGGCUCCUCUUCGAGUACCCGGAGAGUUCCAGCCCUGCCCGGGGUAUCGCCAUCGUCUCGGUGCUGGUCAUUGUCAUCUCCAUCAUCAUCUUCUGCCUGGAGACCUUACCCGAGUUCCGCGAUGACCGCGACAGCGCCAGCAACUCUCCGCUCAACGCCAGCGCCCAGGGCCCCGGGGCUGGGGACAACAGUAGCCUCAGUGACCCCUUCUUCAUCAUCGAGACCACCUGCGUGGUCUGGUUCACCCUGGAGCUGCUGGUCCGCUUCCUGGCCUGCCCCAGCAAGUCGGUCUUCGCCCGGGACAUCAUGAACAUCAUCGACAUUGUGGCCAUCAUCCCGUACUUCAUCACCCUGGGCACCGAGCUGGCCGAGCAGCAGUCCAAUGGUCAGCAGGCCAUGUCCCUGGCCAUCCUCAGGGUCAUCCGCCUGGUGCGGGUCUUCCGCAUCUUCAAGCUCUCCCGCCACUCCAAGGGCCUGCAGAUCCUGGGCCAGACCCUCAAGGCCAGCAUGAGGGAGCUGGGCCUGCUCAUCUUCUUCCUCUUCAUCGGGGUCAUCCUCUUCUCCAGCGCCGUCUACUUCGCCGAGGCGGACGAGCCCCGCUCCCACUUCUCCAGCAUCCCCGAUGCCUUCUGGUGGGCGGUGGUCACCAUGACCACGGUGGGCUACGGGGACAUGAAGCCGGUCACCAUGGGCGGCAAGAUCGUGGGGUCGUUGUGCGCCAUCGCCGGCGUCCUGACCAUCGCCCUGCCCGUGCCCGUCAUCGUCUCCAACUUCAACUACUUCUACCACCGGGAGACGGACAACGAGGAGCAGGCUCAGUACCUGAAGGACGACACGGACAGCGAGCCCAGUCACUCAGAGGAACUGAAGAGGAGCAGGAGCUCCCUGGGCAAACCCUUGGAGAACAGUGAGGGGGUGAACAAUGGCGCGGGGGCUCACCUGAAGGCCAACAGUGCUCCCGACAUCAGGAAAUCUCUGUACGCACUCUGUCUGGAUCCAAAUACAGAGACCGACCUGUAGCCCCGGCCACUUUCCACAUGACAACUGUCCAGAGAAAGACUUGUUUGGGGUUGACAAACAAAAAAAAACCCACCCAGCAUUUGUACAAACCACACAGGUUAGAUUAGUUAGGCGAGAAGAAAAUAUCAAUUUUAUACAUCAUUCUUUAUCAGACCGUCAGAUACAUUCCAAGAGGUUUAGUUAUACACUUUGGCGCUGGUUCUUAAUUUUUUUGGGGGUGGGCUGUUGGAGGGGUUUUGGGGUUGUUGAUGAGGCACCAGUUUUCUGCAGGUGCACAAUAGGACAGCUGGAGCUUGUGUACAGCUCCAGCCUCUGUCUUGUAUUUGUUUUGCCUUCAUUAAUUGGAAACAAAUGUAAAGUCUUAAAAUUCCAUAAGUAUUUUUUUUGAAUUUGUAAUUGAGGCGGAAGGUGUGAAGUAGCUCAGUUUUCUUUUGCUGUGAGGAAGAAAGGUCAUGGACUGUCCAACCCUUUGUUUCCUGCAUUAUUUCGUUCAUGUUUUGUUUCAUAUAUAUAUAUUUAUAUACAUAAAAUUAAGCGGUAGGGGUGGGAGGCGGAAAUGUACUUAAACGCAUCAAAGCCUGUCGUGAUGAGAGUUCGCAACAGUGUUUGUAUUAUUUACAAUGUAGCUACCGUCAGAGAGAGAGGAAAUCCAGUUUACUUGGAGUCUUAAGGAAGACAAAAAUCGUAUUUGUAUUUAGGCAAUGUGGGACUUCUCUGUUCGCAAUAUAUUUUUUCAAAGUGUUCAUGCGACAAAAUUCGAACAGAUCAUAUAAGAAUUACUGAACAGUAUAUUUAGAUAAUUGGAGCAUUCCUUGUUUACU